AUGGGCGAGGAAAGUUUGGAGCGUAGCGAGGGAACACGCUUGCAGCAGUCGCACGUGGCCGAUUAUAGUCCCGUUCGGCAGGACCAUCAAGGGCCAUCGCAGCCGCCAGCACCGGACGACGAUGACGGGGCCACCGGCGAUGAUGGAAAGCGACGGAACGAGCCGAUGACGGCCAGCACCGCGACCGUCGCUGAAGCAAGUGAGCCGAUUGAUCAGGCGAAACCCGAUCCGCUCGGACCCGGAAAGGCACAGUCACCCGUAUCGAUGGUGGUGUUGCAGGAAAAGGCCGCUCAAGAUCGACCUAAUGCUGCAACCGAGGAGAUGGAAGAAGAAAGCGGUCACCCGUACGAGGCGAACGGUGGUACGGUCGCACUACUUCCACGCAACGGUAGUGCCACUAUCUGUCGCAGCGUCUCGAACAGCACUAUGCCCCAAGUGAACGCGGCCAGCGCGAAAGCCAAAGAUCAGUCGGUCGCGCAGCCGCGAUCUUAUCGUUCUCCCGCGGACAACGGCGACCCCGAGGAUCCGGAUGAUGAUGAUGGAGAGUACGAACUGGUACCGCCCGACGGUGGCUGGGGCUGGCUAGUGUUGGCCGGUUCGAUGUUGGUCAACAUCCUGGUGCCGGGCACCAUCAAAAGCUUUGGGGUGCUAUUUGUGGAGUUCCUGGAAGCGUUCCAAGCGACCCCGUCGGCUGCCGCUUGGAUUCCGGCGCUCUGUUACUUCCUGUACAGCUCACUCGGACCGCUGUCGAGCAUUCUGUCGGUGAAGUACAGCUACAGGACCGUCACGAUCGUUGGCGGUACGUUUGCGGCCGUUGGCAUGAUCAUCACGUAUUGGGCCACUUCGGUCAACUAUCUGUACAUCAGCUACGGUGUGCUGGUGGGCACCGGGGCCGGACUAUCGUUUCCUCCGACCGUGUACAUCGUGACGUCGUACUUUGUGAAGCUACGCGGACUGGCGAACGGGCUCUGCAUCUCGGGCAGUGCACUGGGGUCAAUCAUUCUUCCGCCGGUGCUCCGAUACUUGCUCGUUAACUUUGGCUACCGAGGCGCGUGCUUGAUCAUGGGCGGAAUCACACUGAACGUUUGGGUGGCCGCCAUCUUCUACGAGCCGGUCGAGAAGCACAUGAAGCGCGUCCGGAAAGCACCACCGUCGGAGUGUGACGAAGAAAUGGAAGCGAUCGUGCGGUACGGGGCCGACGGUGAUCAUCGCGAUGUGAUACUGGAGGAGUGCGAAUCGAACGAAACCGAUCCGGCGGAUUCGCUGGCCAAUGGAGUCUCGGGGCAGCAGCAGCAGCAACAGCAGCACCAACAGCAACCGUUGGUCAUUAAACCAAAGUUUGCCAUCAUGGGCGACGACACGCCGACCAUCUCGACGCCGACGCUCGAGCACAAAUCGCCCGACAUUUUCCGCUUCAACCCAAAGAACGGUCUGAUCGAUGGGUUCGCCCGCAGCGUCUCGGCGGCGGCCGUACCCGUUUCGUACGGUCGCGACGAUCUUCCCGGGGCCGGCGCUGGUGGUGGAGGUCAGCGGCAGCGUAAGAUCAGCACCCCGAUCAAGGAGGAACAUCGCAAUCUAACGUUCACCAGUCAGCUCAGCUCGAACUCGUUCCUGAACAAUGACACGGCCGGAUCGUACUUUCGUCUGAACCGUCUCAACUCGAUGCGGAGCGGCGCGAAUCAGGCCACUGGCACCACCGCUGGCCAUCCGCGGCAACCGAAACGAUCACCGUCGACCAGCAGCUUCCAGUACAUGAGCACCCCGUUCCACGGCAGCACCUUGUCCACGCACCAACCGCGGGAGUUUGCUUCGCACCUUUCGCUCCGCUCGUUCGGUGGCAGCGCAAAACCUUCCGACCAGGGAGCGGGCGGCAAAGCGGAAGGGGCCAGCGGCAAAGGGAAGGAUGCUAAGGGUAAAAGCGCUGCUAAGACCUUCUUCGAUCUGUCGCUACUGUCCGACCCGGCCUACCUGGUGAUACUGAUCUCCAAUUCGACCAACGCGAUCGGUUACACGAACUUUAUCAUCCUGCUGCCGGCGUACGCGAUCUCGCUCGGGUUCGACAAGAGUUUGGCCGCGUACCUGCUGUCGAUCGUGUCGACGCUCGAUCUGGUCGGUCGGAUCGGCGGAUCCGCCCUGUCCGACACCAAUCUCAUCCCGAAAACGUGGUACUUUGUCGGAGGCCUCUCGAUAUCGGGCCUGGCGCUCGCGCUGCUGCCCACCGUCAACAGCUACACGAUGGUGAGCGUUUUCUGCGGCCUGUUCGGGUUGGCUUCCGGGACGUACGUUGGCAUUACGGCCGUCAUCAUGGCGGAUAUGCUCGGCACGGAGCGGCUCACCUCGUCGUACGGUAUCAGCCUCUUCGUAAACGGUAUCCUGCAGCUCGUGGGCCCCCCGAUCUGUGGGGUGAUCUUUGAGCGAAUGGGCCGCUACCAGGUCCUAUUCACGGCGCUCGGCUUCAUUCUGCUCAGCGGAUCGGCACUGUGGGGUUUCAUGCCACUGAUCAGUCGGCAGAAGCGCCGGAAGCAGGAGCUCCUCGAGCAGGCAGAGAAACACAACACAAAGAUGAUCACCGAGUGUGAUCGGGCGGAAGGCGACGAUCUGUUGCAGGAGAAACGGGACGCAGACAAAGCACUGCUCGCUUAAGUGGCCGUUUUUGGGGAGGGCGGUAGUGAUUUGGAGGAGAGAUUUUAAACUAAGUUUAAGCGUAUUAUGCAGCAUUCGAUGACAAUUUCGCUUCCGACGAUUGCGAGCCAUGGACCCCUGACGAGACAGAGGAGUGUGAAAGAUGUGAGCGGAAGCGAAAGAUUGUGAGAGAGUAUUAAAUAUUCGACGAAAAAAGAGAACGCGGACCGAGGACGAGGUGGAAAGAGGAUGAAAAUGACCAUACACUAUAGUCUAGGGAGAUUGAAACAAAACACUUUAGUUUUAAGUAUAAAAUCGACAGGAAAGUGCCGCCAACACAGCCGAUGGGCGGCAGAGAUGAGAGCGAGAGAGAGACAGUGGAUCAAGAAGGCGAAGGAAACAACCAUUAAGUAAUUAGUAUUAUCAGCCGCGUGUGGUCGGCGUUCUGCAAAAAACACCGCCAGCGACCCUCUGUUCAGUUCCCAAUCGAACAGUUAUCCGGCAAUCUGUUUGAUCGGAAUCAGCGGGCAGGACGACUACACUCGAUCGCUGGCUUUCUUCGUGUGGCAUUUUCGUGUGGCGCGGGAAGAAUCGUGGUGCGUCGAAGAAUCGGGGCUAGCUUAGGGCAGUCAUUUUAGAGAGUUUCUAGGUUAAGCGAAUGCACAAAAGUUAACUUAACGCUCCUGCUGUGGAGGACGCUCCUGCCGCGCAGAGUGUGAGAGGUGAAUCCCAAAGAAGACGAGGCACGGUGCCGGCCACACGGAGCGCUGUGGUGGGAGAUGUAAGGAAAUCAAUGUGUUAUUUUCAGCGGACGGAACUAAAACAGGAUUGUAGAUAAAACUAUAUACCUAGAUCAAAUG